AAUUCUUGUCUUUUAGAGUUUUAAAAAUUCAAAAAUUAUUAUUUUAAUUGAUUUUCGUAUAAGUUUUAUACAAGAAAAAAUAGAUUUUAAACGCCAGGUAUAGAAAUAUUUCAAAGCGUACAGUUGCCAAUUGACUAGUCCAUCAGCCUCCGUACGACAUGGCCGUCUUCAUGAUAAACAUCUGUAAAUUUAAUGGCUGUGGCAUAACAUUUCCACGGCUAUCGGACUUAAUUGAGCACAUCGAAGACGUACAUAUAGAUUAUGACCCCGCUGUAGUAGAGCAAAAGGAAGCUUCGCAGCCAUCAUGUAUCCCACUCAGCUAUGUUUUGAAAUUUUUUACGGAGGCAUCGAGGCGGGAGAUUCACAAUAUGCCGGCGGCUGUCGAUGUUCGCCGGCGCUUGCUCUCCGCGCCGAAGACACCUUCGGUUCGGAGCAGCACUCCUACAGGAAGUGAAAUGGACGAGGAAGAUGUUAUGAGCCCUUCUGAUGACAGCAACGACUCAUGGGCGACUGUCGAGGAGUAUAGUUCUGAGUUUAUACUACGUUAUGGAGUUAAAAUGAAUGCGAAUGCAUCGUCCGGCGCUCUAGGACCAGCUGCCCAAGAGAAACCAUUCGCUUGUCCGGUGCCCGGUUGCAAGAAGCGCUACAAGAAUGUCAACGGUAUCAAAUACCACUCUAAGAAUGGCCAUAAAAAGGAUGGAAAGGUAAAAAAGGCUUACAAAUGCCAAUGCGGCAAAAGCUACAAAACGGCGCAAGGGCUUAAGAGUCAUUCCAUAACACAGCACACUAUCAGCACUGCUCAUCAGGUUCAUCAAGCGAGCGAAGGUCGUAUUCAUGCGUCUAAAUUGCAAAACCUUGUCGUCACAGCCUCCCCGUCAUCACGACCUCACGUUACCCCUCACAUCGUACCUUCUCUAGAGAGCUUGGAAGCCAGCAAACUGGUCCGAAUCUACGACACACUUAAAGCCAAAGACUUGCCUUCUUUCACGAUUCCCAAACACAACCUGACUCAUUUGAACAUCAUAAGCGCCAACCAAAACAGCCAAACCAUACGCCAUUCUGUUCAUCUCAACUCGACGCCGGCCAUUCCUCUUGAUAAAAUCAAGUAUGAAAAACCUCCUAAAGUGACCGUUACACCGGAAACGACGUAUGAAGUUCCCAGCUUGACACUGUCGAGCGAUCGUAGAGGCUAGAGUCGUCAGAAUGUUAUUUAUUUUAUUUUCAUAUUAUAAAUAUGACCACGCAGUUCCUAUGUAAAAAAAAAAAUCCUUAUAUUAAAUGUAUAUGUCAUGGUCGGUUCUUAAUUAAAAGUGUCGCUUAAGUAGAAAGUGUUUCACAUUCAUGCAGGUCGACCAUAUAGGUAUUUUUUUUCCGCUAUUCAGCAUAUAUUGUAAUGUAUGUGUUUGUAUAUUUACUGCAGAGAUUGUUUUAUUUUUAAGGAAGAAUAGAUUUUAUUUUUGUUUUGUUUGUUUAGUUUUAGUAUAGUUUGCUGUGAUUCCAAUUUUAUUUAUUGAUUUAACUAAUUGUUACCAAAGUGACCUAAAAUCGCUAGCGUAGAUUGAAUCCAAAGGAUUGAAGUAGAUGAUUUGAUGAUACAAAUUUAUGCCGGCUUUAUGUUAUUACGGCUGAUGUUAAAGAUAUCAAGGGAUUUUUUUCAUAUCUGUUGCAACAGGGUAAUUAUAAUGUGGAAAUAAGUGAGGUCCUUUGAAUCUAGUUCUUGCGUGGGAUUGAAAGAAUGCAAAAUGCAAUUGUAUAGUCAAAUUCAGAAUUCUUCGUGCCAUCUUUUCAUUAUAUCCGUGUACUUAAUGUGUAUUGUUGUGUUGAUUACGACAUAGAUUCUUAAAUUAAACGGAAAGAAGAAAAAAAAAACAUUCGCUAUUAAGUAUCCCCGUAGGAUAAUAAAUAUACUCAUAAAUGUGAUAAUAUAUUAUAGACAAAAAACAAAAAAAAAAGCUUUUAAGCGUAUAACUAUUUAAUGGUAAUUAGAUGUUAAGGCUGACAUUAAUUUUAAUUUCCGUCUGGCUGUCAGAAAAUUGUUCGUAAAUAAAAAAAAACAAAUUGUAUUCAGUAGUUUGUAAAAAAUAUGUAUAAUGAAUAAAAUAAGUGAGUGUGCAAUAUAAUUAUAGCAAAGAGUUACUUACAUUCGAAAUAAGGACUCUAUCCCAAAGUACUAAGUACCAUUUACUAAUUAGGUAUUUUUGUUACUUAUUUAUUACGCAGCUUGGGAACUUCAUUUAUGUGCAAUUUUCUUACAUACGGAUUUGAUGAUUUUCGUCUUUUUCAUUAUAUGACUGUACAAUUUAUCUAAA